AUGAUGUAUUUCACAUCAUUUAAUGCCAAAACACCAUUCUUUGGUAACUUUUGGGAGAAAACAGGAGGAAAACCCAUAUUUCAACUGAUGACCGAGCGAAGCAGGAGUUCGAAGGUUGAGGAAACCAAGAAGUCCGAGACAACGCAGAAGACAGAAAAGAGUAAAACUGAUAAGCCAGAAGUAAAGGGCGAUCUUGAGCACCAGAUAUGGUACCAUGGUUUUCGUCCGAGAAAAGAUGUAGUAGCACUUCUCAAGGAGCCCGGUGAUUUCCUCGUGCGCGCCACGGAUUCACGAAAUAUGCCUGAAAUAGUGAUAUCAGUACUAAACGAUAGAAAGGACUUGGUAAACUUAACAAUUAAAUGUGAUAACAAUAGACUAUGGCAACUCGGUGUUCUUAGGAGGAGCACUAAGCCUGUACCAAAAUUUGCACAAGUAGCUGAGUUAAUUAAUUAUUAUAAGGAUCACAGACUACCCGGUCAUGCGCGAUUGAAGCAUGGAAUUACUAGGCCAGUAUGGUUGAUCAAACACGAGAAUGUUGUUUUUGAUAAGGAAAAGGACCUUAUCGGUAGAGGGAAUUUCUGUAACGUUUACAAAGGGGUGUAUACAAGACCUCCUGAUGAAAAAAUUGUUGUUGCUGUAAAGAUAUGUCAUGAAGGUUCUGCUUCAAGAGGUUUUCAAGAGACAAAAGAGGCCCGCGAUUCAAUGCUUAGCGAAGCACAAAUGAUGAGCUACUAUGUCCACAAUCAUGUCAUUGAGAUGUUUGGUGUUGCAUGCGAUCACCCGCCGAUACUUAUCGUAAUGGAAUACUGCCCCGGCGGUGAUUUACAGUCGCAUCUGAAGACACAGAAGGAAAGUAUUGAGGUUGGAGAACGACUCGUCUAUACCAUAGAGGCUGCACGUGGAAUGCGAUAUUUGCAUAAGAAAAACUGCAUACACAGGGAUUUGGCGGCAAGGAAUUGCUUAAUAUCAGCGAGGGGGCAAAUGAAAAUAGCAGACUUUGGUCUAUCGAAACUUGUCAAUGAUUUGGAGAAGGCAGACGCUGAACAAGGAGAAAACAACGAACCAAGUCCGCAGAUACCUUUAAGAUGGAUGGCUCCGGAGUCGCUUCGCCGUCCCAUGAAAUUUAGCACGAAGUCAGAUGUGUGGUCAUUUGGCGUCAUGACGUACGAGAUAUUCAACUGUGGCAUUAAGCCAUGGGUGGAUGAUCCUCCCAAGAAAAUUGCGACAGCGAUACGUCGAUGUCAUAUGCCUAAAAUGCCAGAUCGAACCCCCGAGGAAGUUAAACAGCUGGUAGCACAAAUCUGGGUUACUGAUCCAGCGCAACGUCCUACAAUGAAACAAAUUUGCGCAUCACUCCUAGUGGCAACAAAAAAGCAUCGACCACCUCCGGCUGAAAAAUUUACUCUGAAUACUAUAAAAGGAGUAACAAGAGCGCCACCUGAAUCACCGCAAACGCUCGAGGAAACCUUCGAUGGUGAAGAGGAAGAUCUCCAAUUAUAUAGAACAACCGAAAGAACAACCGAACAAGAUUUAACCCAUACUACGGAGUCUCACAAGACACAGGACAAUGCAGUAACAGAAGACUCGCUGAAAGUCCGCUCGCGAGUUCCUAAGAGCCUCAGAAGAGCAAAAACCAAGUAG